AUGGCACCCCUUAUCCUGCAUAACGUUCCAGACGAUGAGCUCUACGUGGGCGACGACGGCGUUACAAGACCUUAUGCUGUGCUCUACCCCAGUAUCGAUGGCACUCCUUCAGUAUCACGCGUGCGCAGAACAGUCCCCGAAACAGGCUCAUUUGGCAAGUCAACAAGGAGGUCGAGAUCGAGAACAGGCACACCUGCAGCAAAGCGCGAGGACCCGACCUUAGCAGCCGCCGAUGCGAUCUUCUCCUCAUUCCUUGCCCAAAAGGCCUCCGAGAAUACAGAAUCGCCCCAGCGCAAACCCUCUCUCACCUCCUCGAUCUCUCAGCCUAACAUCAGCUCAGGCGCACUCAUCACAACCGAUGGCAAUGCAGGCUCCUCAUCGCGCUUUUCCAAGAGCUCCCCCAAGGAGCCAACAGAGGUUAUUUUACGAGGUUUCGAUUCGACACAGCAAUAUGCAGUUAUUAGAGAGUAUGAGAGGUUGGCCGGGCGGAUUUGCGAGGACUACCCUCGCGAUGCGCCUAUCGAACAACGGCGAUUCAAGAGCGACCUUCGAGACCAGGCAUCCCUUAGACGGAAACCCAUGACAGCGGAAGAGAAAGCGAAGGCUCUCAAAUUUGCAGGCGGCGAGCACUGGAUCAAGGUCACUUUCGAGUCAGCAGAUGCGGCGGAAAUAGCCAUCGAAUCAUCACCACAAACCAUAAUGGGCCAUUUGAUAUAUGCGGAACUUUACCGUGGGGUGCCGCCAACAGCAGACGAGCCAGUUCCAAUCAACGGAGGUAGUUCAAGGACACCCGGAGGAAACAAGUUUCAGGCGCAAAGUGUGGGUGUUAGUUCUGGUUUCAACAUGCAAUCUGCCAGACGGCCCUCCUCCACCCUCCCUAGAUCCUUCACCACACCAUCUAUGCGGGAGGUCAGGCGAGGAGAAAGCUCACUCUCUCCACCCGGCUCCAAUACCUCGUCUCACACCAUAGAAACCGGUACAGUGGCUUCCACCAUCUCGUCCGCCACAGUAACCGGGAUUCGAACACAACAGGAAUCAGCUGAUGACCAGCUGUACUGCCGAAUAAUCCCCACCGCUAAACGCAUUCAAUUGCUUCCUGUCAACCAAGCUCUCCCUCCCAAAGUAUCCUGGCAAAGAAGACUUAUCAGAAUGAUUCCCCUGAUCGGCUGGUUGACUUCCGAUAUCUUCGGUACCGAGGUACCGCGAGAUGAACAGGGAGAAUUCGACAGUAAGAAUGCGACGUGGUAUUGGUUAUUUAUGGCAUGGAUUGAUAGCUUGAUCGGCGGCUACCUUGGCAUCAUCAAGGACAACGCUGCAUGGAACUAA